CAUUCUCAGCUCUCUAGCUCGUGAUCGUGUACACAAAACAACGCAUUAGAGCUGCCGCAGGAGUUGGACACGGAAAAUCUACUUCCGCUUUUUGUUUUGCGGAUAACAUGUAUUGGAAAUGAUUUAAAAUAGCAUCAUGUGGCAACCUGUGGAUGACAAGGAGAGAAAGUGUGGUAUUGCUGUUUGGAAUUUUGAUGGCAAAGUUGAGCAUGGAUUACCACUUGAAAUCGGAGAUGCUGUCCACAUCUUGGAAGAAAACAUGGGGUGGUAUCGGGGUUAUUGCUCAAAGAAACCUUCUGUGCCGGGUAUUUUCCCAACAUCUUAUGUGCAUAUAAGAGAACCACCUAUAGAUGGAGAGGAAGAACGGCGCCGGAAGGCCAACGAGCCUCUGAUUCAGGAAGUGACGCUGGUCCUACGAGAGUGGCAUGUCAUCUUCGUUGAACGCUUUAUGAAACACAAGAUGGACUGGUUCAAAGAACUGAAGAAGAUCAUGCUGGAGGUGAUUGACCUUCGAAGCCAGCUCCUGUCGGGGACGAUGACCUUGGGCAAGAGCAAAGAGGUCAAAGGUACCAUCAUGAGCAGGGUGGACUGGGGAAACUGCAGGCUGGAACUCGAUCUAGUACCCAGUGUAGAUGGAGAGAUAAUAGACAGUAAUCAGUGUAGUCUGGUAGAGCUACAUCAAGUGCACCUGAGGAGUGCGCAAGAAACAAAAAUUUCUGCACUGCCGGUCGCGACCUCCGUGCAACCAUUGCUAUCUCUUAUUUCAUUGCAAGUUCCAGACCCCAGUGCACAGGCACAGACGACGGAACCGCUGGAAGCUUUUGCGCACCAUCUCCACCUUCAGCUGGUCAACUUUGGGAUCCACACAGGAGAGGCGGCGGAGGCUUUCUUUGCUCUCUAUGAUGCUAAAGAGGGUACAUUCAUCACAGAGCGGUAUCUAGCAAAGUUCAACAAACAGGGUGCACCUCUCAACGUGGAGAAGAUUGGUAACCUGGUCACCAUUUUCACAGACAUGAGCAACAAAGAUAUGGAGAGGGAUCUCUAUCUUACUUGUCAUAUCAUACGAUGUGGCCAGAUGAAACCAACCAGACACCAAGACAACAAGAAGGCUACUGGUCCAAACUUCAGAAGACCCUAUGGCUAUGGAGUGUUGAAGGUCACUCACAUUCUGAAGAUGCCAGAGGAUGAUGGCAGAGAAGGAAAGGAAGAAGUCAUGAAAAUAUAUGUAGCCAAUCAAGCAGAUGAGAAGGACUUUGCUUCACUUCAUGAUCAAAUCAUUAGGAAUACAAGUAGAAAGGGCACCUCUGCUUCUGGCAAUAUAGGUAUCACAGUGAAGCUUCUGAUGCUGCAUGGUCAUCUAGAUAGCCUGAAGAAAGAGAAGCAUCUUCUAUUCAACAGAGGUCACAGUGUUACUCAUAAGCUAGGAUUCAGUGACAUCAUCAUGCCAGGUGACCUGCGGAAUGACCUCUUCAUUGCCUUGGAGAGAGGGGAGUUUUAUGAUAAGAAUGCUGGGCGCAAUAUCGAGGUGACCAUGUGUACGAUAGACGAGAAAUGGAAGAAGAUUGGAUGCAUCUGCCUUGUGGACGACGAAGAAGCCGAGAUAGAGUAUAGAUCGGUGGUUUACUUACACUAUACGGCCCCGCGCUGGAACGAACUAGUCCGACUCAAUGUACCUAUGGACAGCUUCAAGAACACGCACAUACGCUUUGAGUUCAGACACUGCUCAAAAGAUAACAAGAGAAGGGAGAAACGUCUGUUUGCAAUGGCAUUUAUGCCACUCAUGAAGAAGGAUGGUACAGCGGUAGAAGACAGCACACACAGUCUCUUUGUCUUUAAGUGUUCAGAACACCAUGAUUUCAGUGAUCCUACCCAAUACCUGAGUCUGCCAUAUUGUUCAGCUGAUAUGGUUGCUAAGGGCAACGCAACAAGCAACAACAAUUAUGAGUUGAACUGCAAGGAUACUUUCACUGUCAAAACGGUCAUCUGCUCAACAAAACUUGUCCAAAACAUCAACCUGCUAGGUUUGUUGAAGUGGAGGCAGCAUCCCGAUAGACUACAUGCCAUCCUAGAGAAACUGAGCAGUGUCAGCGGUCAGGACAUUGUCAGGGUACUUCAAGACAUCCUGGAUGCCCUCUUCUCCAUCUUAGAUGAGAGGAGUGACGAAUAUGGACGUCAGAUAUUUGAAUGUCUGGUUCAUAUCAUCAGUGUACUCGGUGAACAACGUUUCAAGUCUUUCACCACGGUCCUGGAUACCUACAUUGAUAAUCACUUUGUCAGCACAUUAGCACAUCAGUUCUUGGUCUACUACCUGAUGAUGUACAUUGACAAGGCAUUGCAACAGAAGCAGGAUCACAUCACAAACAUGCUGGAAGGACUUCAGUACCUCUUCAAGUUCAUCUUCAGGUCGCACAUCCUCUACAAAAUGGCUACUGGUGAUGUCCAUGAUGGUGAUAUGCAGGACUCAAUCAGGAAUCUCUUCAAUUCCAUCAAUAAUCUCAUGCAGAAAGAUGAUGAAAAACUGGAGAAACAUCAGCUGGUUGUGCUACGGAAGUUCAGCACCAUCUGCAACGAGCUGAUGGCCAUGGCCAUGUACACAGCGCCCGAGGUGAGCCAGUUCACAGCCGACUUAUUGCUGUGUAUACCACACACGCUGAGGAGAACCAAGGUUCUACAGAGCAAGCUGGAAUGCAUUCGAGAAGCCAUCAACAGCACACUCUUCAAGUCACCCAUGGCAAGAAGAGUACUUCUUCAGCCGUGCCUCGCCCAGCUCCAGCACCACAUUCAGGCUGAGCAUCUACCUGAUGUCUGUAUCGCUAUUGUGGAAGACAUCCUGACUGCCUUACAUACACUCUCACAGACAGAGCAAGUAGAAGAGGAGAUUAGUCUCUUGAUCCGUCAUCUCUUCAGGGAGAUUCUUGGCAUGGUGCCAACAUCAGAGAACAUGACAGAUUUACAUACCCGUUGCAUUACCUGCCUGAUGGAGAUGUUACGUCUGAUGAAGGAGCAGCACUACGUUCAGCUAACAGACUGCUUCCCAAGCUCACAUUACAGACAAGAGUUCCUCAAUGGUAUACUGAUGCUCUUUGCUGAGUGUGUGACCAAGGACAUCUACUCUAAGGACUGGGCAGCUAUGAGGAUGGUGGUCAACAGGGUCAUUCUUACGGCAAUCAAGAGGUUCUGCUCAGAUCUCAACCAGGAGGACAUGAUCAAGAUGAGAUCACGGUACUUUGAGUUAGCAGUAUUCUUCAUCAUUCAACCGGUGCUUCAGUUAGAGAGCUUCACGUCGGCCAAACAAGAAAGACUCAAGAAGAUGUUUGGUGACAUGAGGAUUGCGAUGGCCACUGAGUUGAUUGAGAAGUGGAACAGCCUAGGUCAGUACAAGAGUCAGUUCAGUCAUUUGACGCGGAAUUUCUUAGAGGUGACGAUGAUACCCCAUGAUGCCAUACGUAAGGCUAGUCUGCCGCUCAUCUUUGACAUCAUGUGCUCCGAGAUGAAGGAGAAGUCUUCUUUCAUCAAGCUCGAGGAUGAUCUGAUUGACAAACUUGAUCACAUGGUUUGUGUGCAGAACAAUGGUGAUGAACAAUACACAGUGCUCUUCAAUAACACCUUGAGAGAAAAGAUCUCCACACAGCCGUGGCAGGAAGAAGGAGAGCAGUUUGUUGAGAAGGUUACUCGUCUACUAGAGAGACUGAUCGACUACAGGAAUGUCUGUAACAAAUCGGUCGAGAACCGCUACCUCAAGCUCAGCUGUCUUUACCAACUCAUGAACUUCUACAAGGACGAUGAGAGACGGAAGGACAUCUACAUGAGAUACAUCUACCAUCUCCACGAUCUCCAUCUACAUGCGGGAGAUUACACCGAAGCAGCUCAUACGCUCCUCAUGCUAGCUAUGACACUGGACUGGACAGACAAUGUACUACCCUCGGACAAGAAACACGAACAGCAGACUGAAGCCGAACGCAAGACCAAGCUCUACGGUGAAAUCAUCGAGCUCGUCAAGAAAGGCCAGGUUUGGGAGUAUGGCAUUCCUCUUUGUAAGGAGUUGGCUAUUCAGUAUGAGUCCAAGCAGUUUGACUACAAGAAUCUCAGUGUACAACUGGUCACACAAGCUCAGUUCUUUGAGAACAUCCGGAACCAACCAAGACAGCCACCGACCUUCUUUAGGAUCAAGUUCUACGGUAUUUUCCCCAUCCUCAGAAAACACCGUGAGUACAUCUACAGAGGUCAGCCGUUUGAUCAACCUCAGAUAGUGAUCCAGAGAUUCCAGGCAGACUUCCCCCAGGCUAAGCCAUGGACUGGCAAAGCACCUCCUACAGAAGAAGAUCUGCUCUUGUAUGAUCAAUACAUCGAGGUGAGACACGUGAUUUGCGUUCCUCCCCAGCACCCUCACCUGCAGGGCAACGUUCCUCCAAACAUCCGCUACUUUGCAGAGAACUACGACAUCAGCGUCUUCAGCUUCGACAGACCAUUCCAUAGAGGAGAGAGGGAUAAGACACAGGAUUUCAAGACCCUGUGGGUGGAGAGAACGUUCAUGACUACAGGCUCACCACUACCUGGUCUGUUGAGCUGGUCUGAGAUCGUCAAGACUGUGGUGGAGGAGAUCCGACCCAUUGCCAAUGCAGUCAACGUGAUGAGAGAGAAGAACACAUCGAUGCAAGUACAGAUCCAAGGACACAGGGCCCAUAGAAACUCCAACAUCAACCCUCUUAGUAUGGUGCUGCAAGGAACUAUCGAGGCAGCAGUGCAGGGAGGCAUCAAGGUCUACCAAGAUGUGUUUCUGACGGCUGCGUAUGGGGAGAACAACCCAACAGACAAGGAGGCUAUCAUCACUCUCAAGGAGCUAAUGAUUGAACAGUUGAAUAUCUUGGAUGACGGAGUAUUGCUACACAAGGAGCUGUGUUCUGAAGAAUUGAUGGGCUUCCAUCUCAACCUGGAGAAGAAACUGGCCAAGCGGAUGCAGGAAUUUGACCUGGGCCAACCUAAAGUGUAUUCCAAGGCCAGGCCUCCAUCUAGACAAGUCCAGUCUGCUGCACCACCACCACCGGCAAACGUCUCAUCUGGACCCAAAACAUUCAAAAGAAAUACAUCGGAUUUGAACUUGCAACAACCCAAGCCGGACAGAAAAAACAGCAUGUUCUACUUUCAAACACCAGUGGAGAUUCCAGUACCGAGCCGCACGCUGCCGGAGGGUGGGGGCACAUUGCAGCGUGGUAGAGCCACCAUUGCUACUACCACCCCCAUGUCGGAAGAGGUACAUGAGCCCCCCGGAAUGCCUCCUCCUGAUAUGCCGCCACCACCUCUUCCCAAUUCCAAGCAUCAUGUCUCGCAUGUAGAUCCCACGGGGUACAUCCGCAUUCUGCCGAAACGAAAUCGGUCUCAAUCUGUCUUUACUAUUCUGGAGCCGUCGCAGAAGCAGUCUGGAAAAACAAAGGAAAGAAAGGAUUCUUUGCCUACACCACUGGCACUCAGUUACCCAAAUGCAGGUACAGCAAUACAAGAGUUUACGACUGAUGUGCCUGAUUCAGCGGUAUCGACAUCGUCUUCAAACCGUACGAGUGCGAGUCCCUCUGUAUCUUCAGCUCGUUUAUCUCAAGACAGUCAGUCUUCAUCAUCUAACCUAGAUGAUAGACCACCAAGUCUACCAAGGAAGGGAAGCUCAAGACCUAGCUCAUCCGGCUCAGAAUUCUCUGGAGUAACAUCAUCUUCCCGUAUUAGUGAGAGUCCCUCUGUGUCUUCGUUGAUGAGCCGGAUAUCAGCAGACAGUCAGGCUUCGUACCCUGAGGAACGCCCCCCUCAGCUUCCUCCGAGAAAGAUGAGCUCAAGACCGAGCUCUGGGGGUUCAGGUGGCGUCGAUCACAACCGUAUGAGUAGCUCUAGCUCCUGUUCUGGUACAGAUGUGUCAGAGGAGGGUGUGGCUCCCCCUGUUCCUUCCAGAACAGCGAUCCCGGCAAAGGACAGCAUCCCACAUGGACCUUCGGGAACCGGUAACGCCAAUCUCCACCUCAACUCUCCCUCUGCGAUCCAAACGUCGCCGUCAAAUACAGUCACCCGAGAUCCUGUUCACUCCGGCCCCGCCUCUACCACCACCCCCAACAUGCAUCCUGACCCCACCACCACCACCACUACCACUCCUGAAUCUAGACAUUUCCCCGGAGGAUCUCCCCCUCCCACUACCCCUGAACCUAGAAGUUUCCCCAGAGGAACUCCCUCUCCCACCACCCCUGAACCUAGAAGUUUCCCCAGAGGAGCUCCCCCUCCCACCAUCCCCAGAAACAGAAGGCCAUCUAAUCUGACCUCUCCUGUACCACACCCUAAACCUAGUAACGGAUUAUAUACCAAUGACACAUCAACUCCUGGAGCUAAGUCCGGCAGCACCCCGAUUCUCCCGAACCGCCCUGAAAAGAGACCUAAAACACCGCUAGCCACCUCACCAUCCAUGUCAUUGCCUCUUAGCCCUGGACCCACCACACCGGGGCAAGUCGCUUCACCGAGUAAGAAUGGUGAUGCUCAAGGUGCACCACCUGUUCCAAUAAGACCAAAUAAGAGGAAGGAAUCAAGUAUCAAGGAACAGGGUGGUACUAGUCUUUGAAAGAGGUGGACUUUAUUGCCAUUGGUGCCUUCACGUGUCGAUCAUGUGAUUCAGACCUUGUUCAAAGCUCUACUUUAAUGGAUUAUGUUAUAUAUUUGUAAACCUGUUCUUUCCAAUUCUUGCGUGUAGAAAUCGUAUCAUGUAAUUCAAAUUACGAGAGGUAUUAAAAUGUAUAUGGCACCUGUACUUCAAAUGAUAUGUCUAUUCAAUCUUAUUUUUCCAGCUUUAAAAGAUAUGUGAGGAAUCCUUUCUUCAUUGUACUAUACACACGCUAUCCUGUACAUAUCGCUAUACACUAUGUAUAUGAGAGAAUGUCACAUAUUGAAAUUCUCAUAGUAAGGCAUAUGAAAUUUGGGGUGCUGAUAUAUAUUUGUUAACAUGAUUUAUGACCCAUUAUAAAGAUCAUGAUGCAUGAUAAGCAUAUGUUGCUCUUCUAAUUGCUAUAAGCUAUAAAUGGAAAUCCAAUUUUAUAUUGUGCAAGUACUUCCAGUUAAUUCCAUAAACGUGUUUAAAUAAACAUCAUGAUUGUACAAAGGAUAUUACAAUUUUCCCUCCCAAAGAACAGUUUCCCCGCCAUCUGUUUUGCCUGAGCAUUUCUAGGCUUGUCCUGAAAGCUAUGUUCUUCCAUUUUUUUCACUGAUCCAAUUUUCUUUUCUUUUUUCAAAUCAUGUGAUGUUUGAAUAGUUUACUAGUUGUAUACUGGUUUAGUAAUAAUCAUACAGAGAGGAAGAAGAGUAUGAAUGUAGUUUUCCAUUGCCAUGCCGAUAUGCAUUCCAUGAUGCAGCCUACUUAAAGGUUUGAUUCAUGUUCAUGUAUGCAAGCAGUAAGUAUAUUCAGAAAAUACUUGGUAUUUUAUACAAGACAUGUAUAUCAUUAAUAACCAAAUAGACAUUAUGCCAUGGUAAGCAUUCUUUUGUUGGAGUAGAAAUAUACCAUUAGUCUUUCUCCGUUCUAUGGACCAAAUGAUACCGAGAUCAAAGCAGACUGACUUUCAAGAUGAUAACUUUUGUUCGAUUUUUUUUGUAUAUUUGCUAUACUUUUCUUUUCGUUUCUUUUGACUUUCCUACUUCUUUCAUGUUAUAAUGAAGUGCUGCUGAUAAUUUCUUCAUCUACUAACGACUACAUGAUCAAACCAGGGAUCAUGAGGAGUAGAAAGAAAUUCACUGUUUGUAGCGUGAUUGUACUUAAAAUUCAUAGAUAUACUUGAUAGCGAUAAAACUGGACCAUUUUAUUUGAUAAAGACCAAAUGUAUUUAUCUUACCAGUAGUUUUUCACAGUUGAUAGCGACAUUAAAAAAACUUACAUGGACGUGAAAAUGGGUUGUGUGUUUGACCAUAUUCCAAAUGAAUGAUGAUUGUGUGAAUAGAUUGUGUGACUCUAUGUGAAAAGAUGUAUGAUACACCCAACAACCUAUUAUAGAGACUCUCACCCUGCUCGAUCUAUUAGUUUUAUCUGAGUUAGAUGAUAAUAUCAUAGGCAUUGUACUAUGUUAUUAUUUCUUAAAUUGAAUUAAUCAAAUUACGGUUUUUAUAUCAUAAUAAUGAAGGUACAACUACAUGUAUAUCUUGUUAAUCUAGUGGAUCUAAAGUGCCCUCUUUUGCAUGGUAAAUCUCAUUAUCACUAUGAUAUAUGCAAUUCUGUUCACUCCUAAAGGCUGUUUUUGAUACAAUGAUUUUCUACUUGUCAAUAUCUCCUUUUAAAGAUGCAUUUUCUACUUCAUUUAUUGUUCUUACUGGAAAAUAUAUAAAUGAAGUCACAUCAAAGAGUAGCUUCUUUUAUGAAUUUUUCUACUUCUCAAUAUCUCCUUUUAAAGAUGCAUUUUCUACUUCAUUUAUUGUUCUUACUGGAAAAUAUAUAUAAAUGAAGUCAUAUCAAGAGUAACUUCUUUUAUAUUCUAUAAUCAUUUUUUGUUUUUUCAUAAAUACAAACAGCACUCCAUAUUCCAUAAAUGAAGACAUUCACUAUUCAGUGAUCAAAGCUGCAAUAGAUCUUUGUAACAUAUAUUUCUUCCAUCAUGAACACCGUCAAUAAUGGAAAACCAAACAAUUGUGUGCACAUGGAAUGUGUGUAAAUUUGUCAAUGAAAGCUUCAUGCUGCAAAGUGAUUGAAUCACAACUAAAUGAUUUUUGUUGUUGUUGCAAUAUGCAAAGUGUCUUGCUAUUAGAAAAGCUAUUGCUUACAAAACAGGGACAUUUUCCUGUUGUGAAACUCUUGUUUUUAUAGUAAAAUUGCCUUUGAAAAGAUAUAUAUCUUUCCUUGAAGACCGAUGUAUUUUUUUUUAGUUCUAAACUAUAAUGUAUGCAGUGGAUAAAGACUUUCAUUACAGUCUACUGUCUUGGGGAAAGGAGAAUGCCUUGGGCUCUCUAUGUUAUGUUGAGAUGUUCAAAUAACAUUAUACAUUCCACAAUACACAGUGAAUAAACUGUAGUGCUUCUGCAUCAUCUCUGGUUUUCCAAUUCUUCUAGAUACAGAGAAUAACAUGGUCUUAAACUAUUACUUCUAUUAUUUUGAAGCCAAUUCAUCUCAAAUUCUUAUGAAGGGAGAGUGUACUUCAAUUUCAAUAUGAUUUUUUUUUUUUACAUGAUUCAUGUAGUUUAGGCAAUUUCAUUGGAUUUUACUCUUACUUCAGUAUAUUUGGAACUGUAGUUGAAACCAUGCAUAUAUUUAUAUCACACUAUUUAUGCAGUAUACUAUUACAAUAGAAAAUGGCUAGAAGGUUCAUAACCAACCAACCGUGUGCAUGUAAUUCACUAUUGGUGUCAGAAAUAGAUUGGCACAUAUGGAAUAAUUAUGAGCCUUUCAUGUGCAGUCUUGCCCUUGAUAUUGAUGACUUCUUAAAGUCACUUUAUAGACACCGUGUUACUCUUUCUUUUAAAUCAUUAUUGGAAGGUAGUAUCACUUAUUCUUCUUGAUGAAAAUGAAUUAAUGCAAAGAACUGAAAUUUAGAAAUGUCUUCCUAGUAUAGUCAA